AUGUACAGUGCUUCAUUGGGGCGCCUGCAGCAGAAGAUGGUGCCUCCGCUUUCUUCCCCUGAUGAUGGCGUUGCGGUGCCAGCCCCUUUAAUUGGUGCUGAGGAGUUGCUGCUGUGGGUUUCAGAUGUGUUGGGGGACAUCGGCGAAGAAGUAAAUUUCUCUUCUUUGCGUUUCGGUCAUAUUUUUCUGCAUUUAUUUAAUUUGAUUUGGCCUGAAGUCUUCCAAGAGGCGCCGCAUGCAGGUUGCCUGCAGCCUGAGACAACAGCAGACGUCUCAGCGAAUUGGGAGCUGCUGCAGUGGGCUUUGCAGCGUGUGGGGGUCCCUCUUUCUUUUUUAAACCCUUCGGGUGUAUGCGCGGGCGACUUUGCUGCAUGCUACCAGGCACUUGUACUCCUGUUCUUCCUGUUCUGUUUAGCGAAAAACCACGAAUGUGAAUUCGUCCUUGCACACCCGGUAGACCCGCAGCUGACGGAGUUCAUGUCUUCUGAGGCUCCUCUCGCCUGCCUCAUAGCGGGCGGUGCUGUCCGCGUCUCUGAAAAUCUUCGAGAGAAGAUCAUGACGCCAAAAACUAUAAGAACUGCUACUGCAGAAGCAGCACCAGGGGACGGGCACAGCAUGCAGCAGCAACUCCCAGCAACAGCAAUAGGCAGGUCCAGCCACACACAAGAAUACUCCAACGCACACAUACGCGAGCGCAUUCGCCGGCCCGUCCAACAACAGCAACCCAAACAGCAGCAGCAGCAAAACAAACAGCAGCAGCAGCAACACCAACAAAAGCAACACCUAGGUGGGUCCUCUUUGGUGAGAGAAGAAGGCCUGGUGGACGCUCUUCCGGCUGCCUUUAAACCAACAGGUGUUCCUCCUGUAAUUGUAGGAGGAGCAUUCAAUAGCGACGGCACCUUCUGUGUAGAGACUGUUGCUGCUGCUCCUGGUGGUGCUGCUGGCGCUGGGGCUGCUGAUACUCCUGGGCCCGGGAACAAGACGCACAACAACAGCGGCAACACUAAGGAUGUGGAGGUGCAGACGUCCGGGAGUGUUGGUCCUCUGCAGCCGCAAGAGUGGCAGCUGCUACCGCAGCAGCUGCUAUCAGUCGAUUGGAGUGGGGAGGGCCAGAAGGUGAAAGGGGAGCAGCUUGUUGAGUUGCUGCGAUAUCAGAACGAGUUGCUACAGCAGCAGCUGCAGCAGGCUGAGGAGGCGGCAGCAGCCGCGCGUCGUCUGCACCAACAGCAGCUACGGGACGCCCGCGAAGCUGCUGCAGUAGCGCUGCAGCGGGAGAAGGAGAAGUGCAACGCAGAGGUGCUGCAGCAGCAGACGCAACAUGCAGCAGCAGUGCAAGCUAUGUGGCGUCAGUUAGAUCUCCGACUUCAUCAUAUUGAAGACGAUAUGGCGGUCGACGUCGAGGUCCUCUCUGCGUCCUCUUGUCUUAAAACCGAAACAAAACCUAACCAAAAACCAUCGAUGCAGGGUCCAUCUUCUGCUGCAGCUUCAGUAGAAGCAGCUGCUGCUGCCGCUCCUGCUGCUGCUUCUGUUGGAGAGGAAAGUUCUCAGUGUUCAGGGGAGCAGCCGACGGCGUUGGCUCGGGUAAAGAAGCUGGAGGCUCUGAUGGAGGAGCGGCUGCGAGCUCGUGAUGCAGCAGCAAGCGAGGUGAAACAGCUGAUGCAGGAAGCCCUACAGCGCUGUGCAGAAUACAAGCGGGAGAGCGACUCGCGGUGGGAGGAAUGGCGGCGGUGCGAAGACCUUCGAAGCUGUUUGCUGCAGCUGCUGCCUGAUGCGGAGCCUAAAGGCCCGAAGCGUUCCGGUGUAUCUGCAGCAGCAGCAACAACAGCAGGUGCAGCAAGUGCAGCAACAGCAGACAGCGGAGGCUCCGUCGCAGCAGCAAGGCAGGCCUUGAAUGAACGGUUGCGUGCAUUGCUUGAUAGGACCGGCUGCAUGCGUCCUGUGGCUUCUGUAACGGAGCAGCAUCUGCUGUCCGCCCUCGUGGAAUGUCUUUGCAUGCAGCAGGUGCAGCAGGCGCAGCACCGCCAGGCUCACCUUGAGUUGCUACGGCUGUCCCACCAGCAGCAGCAGGCACAUCAGCAAGCGCAGCAGAAGCAGCAGCACCUGCAAGGCUCUGUUUCAGGCGCCUUCAAAGCGGGAGGAGGAAACAAUAUGGAGUCAAUGCAAAGGGAGUUGCUGCUUGAGGAGAAGGUUAGAAGACUCGAGGUGCGCAACCAACGGCUCCUCAGAACUUCGGAAUAUCUUCGGCUGAAAGUCGAACAUGUGCAAAAAUGGAAAGCAGAAGAUGCAUUCUUCACAAACAGCCAGGUGCACAAGCGUCUCGAGGACGCCAGCGACACGCAAGAAGGGCAAGAAGCCACAGGCAAUGGGAAAGCGCCGCACGCGGCGGAGACCCAGCAGCAGCUGCAGCAGCAGCGCAGGGAGCAGCUCGUAUCUUGGCUGGCGCAGGAGGACACAGCGGAUGCAAUAGACAGAGACUCCGAGCUGUUACAGCUCCUUAAGACGCUGCACAGACAUCCCAAAACAACAUUUGGAGAGGAGGCAGAGGCGGAGACCCGAGCCAAUUCAGCAGAAACCGAAGAAACAGAACAUUGCACUUCCCUUUCUGUUUACCCUGAAACCAAAAAGAGGCUCCUUGAGCUCUUCUGGCUCCUCUUGGGCGACUUCUACAGGUUUAAGGCUAGACUUGAGGAAGGGCGCCAUCAGCUGCAGCAGAUGCAGGCGGAGCUGCGUUUUGCUGUACAGGAGAAGCUGGCGGCGUUGCAGGUGGCCCAAGAAGAGGCCGAGACACUGCAGAGAGGAAAGAAGAGGCAAGAAGAAGAGCACGAGGCGUUGGUGCAGGUGUUUUACCAAACAGACAAAAGGCGUUUUAAUGCAGUGCUAACGAAGCUAGAAGCCGUGCAGAGGCAGAACUGUGUGUUGCAGAAGAGGGAGGAGUUUUGGAAUGACCUGACGAAGGCCCUGUCCAUGCAGCUGACGCGCCCCUCUGAGUCGACACAGCAGGCCAUUCAAAACUUGUGGGCUCAGUUGGUUGGUUCGAAGGCGUUAAUGGAGACAAAUAACCUCGUCGCUGACAUUUACAUCUCCCCUUUCUCUCCGCUGUUACAAGACGCACACAAAACAGACGGAGAGGGAAGCGACCAGGCAGCAAAAACCCUCAGCCCGCGGCAAAACGGGAGCGCAUUUGGUGCUGCUGCCACUGCUACUGUUGCAGCAAGGGCAGUUUUGCGCUCCACGUCGCGAUUGAGCAACAGAAACCCGAGCAGCUCGACAAAAGCAACAGCAGCAGCAACCACAGCAGGCGGAGCAGGAGGAACAGCAGCAAAGACGUCAUCAAAGGCUAGCGGAGCUUCGCCUGCUCUGCAGGGGAGAAUCCCUCGAGGGGUAGCGGCAGCUGCAGCAGCCUCUGCUGGGGAUUCUGGGGCAGCAACACCAGCAGCAACAGCAGCAGAGAUGUGGAGUGCAGCGGAUUCUUUCACUCGCUGUUUGCGGGAGAUAUGUUCACAAAACAACACACCAGGAGCAUCGAACAUAUGCUGCAAGAACCCGUCUGCAGCUGCGUCUCCUAAGGCGGAAGGGGGAAGAGGAUCUGAGAGUUGGAGUGCGGCCAGCGAGCCUGACAGCGAGUUAAGCGAGUUAAAGCGCCUAGAAGGAAAAUAUGUAUUCACCUCGGAUUCAGGAGAAACAACGCAUUCGGCGACAAAGGAAACAAGAGACGAGAUGACAUCCAACGACAAAAUGCCUAGCGAUUGGCUGAGGGUCCUCAAGCUAAUGACGCAAGAGGCAACAGCACUGCUGCAAAAGCACAAGGAGAUCAAGGAGAACGAACACCAGCUGUCGCUGGAGGCCUUAAAACGGGCCCAUGCAGAUCGUUUACAGACGGAGGAGUUGAGGAGGGAUGCAGAAGAAGAACUUAAGACGGAAAUUUCAAAAUUCAGAAUCAACGAAAAGGAAGCAAAGAAAAUAAUCUCGGCCGUCGCGGCACACGCAGGCAAUGUACCGUACAUUCAAACCCUCUGCAACGCCUUCUUAGCUGGAGCAACAGAUCCAGCAGCAGCAACGGCAGCACCAGCAGCAGUAACAGCAGCAGAUGCCUUCAAGGAUUCGAAUAUCGGGGGAUUACACCCCAAGCCAACUACCCAUGAAGAGCUAGGGACAGAAGAAGCUGCUAAUGGUGAACUGCCAGCAACAACGCCAGAUAAGAGAAAUAGCACAUUACAGAUGCAAGGAGACCCAGAAGAGACUCUUCGAGCUCUCGCGGACCCUCCAUCUGCUUCUGCUUUCUCCCCGUCUCCGUCUCCUCCUCAACAUCUGCUACCAGUCGAUGACGAAUUCAUUAAGCCAAAAAUCGACGGAAGGAUUAGCAAAGAGCAAGCGGGAGGCCCCCAGCAGCACAGAAAACAACGGAGUGUAGCUCCACCUCAGUUCGAUGGCUCAGCUGCACACGUCACAGAAAGCCCAGCACUUAUUUCCCUUAUACAAUGCGCAGCUCCCAACAAAGACAAACAGCAGCAGAUGCAGCAGCAGCGGAAAAAGCAACAGCAGCAGCAGCAGCAGCAGCGGAAGCAGCGGCAGCAUGGGUUUCUGUAUGCUGAGUCAAACACUGUAGCAGCAGCAGCAGAAGCAGCAGCAGCAGAUGUAAUGACGUCUUCUUCCACCUGGAACGCCCUAGGUUCUACAGAAGAGGUAGAUACUAGCGGAAGCCGCAGCAGUAGCAGCAGCAGCUCAUUCUGUGCAGAUGACUUUAAUCGCCUUUCAAGUACUGCACUUCCCACUCCCCGGUCUCCGCCUCGAGCAGCCCUAGCCCCUCUUGUCUCUCCUUCGCGUCUCGUGCAGGCUCUGCGCAAGCAAGCCAUGUCAGCAGACCCUGAGAGCAGUAGCAGCAGCAGCAGGAGCAGCAGCAGCAGGAGCAGCAGCAGCAGCAGGCGCCUGGUCAGCGGCAUCGAGAAGCCGCUGCGCUCUCCAGACAGCCCAGCAUCGGGCGACGAUGCAAAAGAGGAGGCUCAAUACAAACAAACGGAGAAGGAAAUCAACAACAACGAAAGAGAGAAGACAGACAAACACAGGGAAAGACAGGCGACAGACACAGCAGAAGCUCACCUCUUGACCAAUGGUCAGCUGGGCAACACACCCGCAAAAGACCCCUCAACAGCAGCAGCAAUACCAGGAGGCGACGAUCAGCAAAAGUUUGAGUCUGGAAGGUAUCAAACCAGAGCUGCUGCUGAAAGGGCUUGGGAGGCAUUUGUUGGGGAGUACAGACACCCCACUCGAUCGCUGCAGCAGCAAUCGUUUUCUUCUGACAAACGCACGCAGGCUUGGCUGGUUCGUGGGGGAGGGUCUAGCGGCAAUAGCAGCAGUAACAGCAUCAGCAGCAGCAGGGAGAGCGCGCAGUCGACCUUGUUGUCACAGGGCAUGGAGGAAGGAGAGGCAGCAGUAGCGGCAGCGCUGAUUCGUCUGCAGCAACAGCAGAAGCAGCAGCAGGAGCAGCAGCAGGGGAGUCUGCUGCUACCCCCGACACGCGAGUCUACGGACAGUGCUUUGGAAGACCUUCUUCAUCUUGAGCAGCGGCUGUGUGGGGAGGCAUCUGAGGAGAGAGAAGGAGAGGAUAUAGGUGUUUGCUUGACAGAUUUGAAAGCAGAACAAACGGAAGAUCCUUUCAUUGCCGACGACUGCCACCAACUCGGCAUCUCCGCCUCCGCUUUUCUCAAACGCCUCGGCACCCAGCUUGAAAACCGCAUGCGCAUCUCUUGCAAAAGGCAGGAGAGGCGAAGCUGA